CAGUCAACAUCCCUAUCACAUCUGCCAGGGUCAACAUGUGGAUAGCAAAACUCCUGCUUGCCUUUCUGCUUAUUCUGUGUGCAGAAGGCAAAAUUAGGAAACGAAACACUCUGCAUGACUACACCAAAACGUCAGACACCACUUUAGCUAGGAUUAACAAGGCACUUGAGGUGAAAACAAAAUAUUUCAACACGACAGAGAACUGUGCCAAAAGAUGCAGUCGUAACAAAGGACUUUCAUUUACUUGCAAGGCGUUUGCUUUUGAUAAAAGCACAAAGAGAUGCCACUGGUUUUCUUUCAAUAGCUUGUCACAAGGAGUUAAGAAGAAAUUUGAUCGUGCAUUUGAUCUGUAUCAAAAGAAAGAUUAUGUAAGAGACUGUAUUCAUGGAAAAGGUAGUACCUACAAGGGAUCAAGAAAUGUAACUAAAAGUGGACUACAAUGCCAAUCGUGGAAUUCAAUGUAUCCACAUGAACAUAGCUUUUUGCAUUCGAGCUAUCGAGGUAAAGAUCUCACGGAAAACUAUUGUCGGAAUCCCAAAGGAGAAGAAGGAGGGCCUUGGUGCUUUACUCAAAACCCACAAAUUCGCCAUGAAGUGUGUGAUAUUCCUUUGUGCUCACAAGUGGAAUGUGUGACGUGCAAUGGGGAACAUUACAGAGGAGUGAUGGAUUACACAGAGACAGGAAAAGAAUGUCAGCGAUGGGAUUUGCAGAGGCCACAUAAGCACAAAUUUCGUCCCGAGCGAUAUCCUAGCAAGGGACUGAAUGAUAAUUACUGCCGCAACCCUGAUGGCAAAGCUAGACCAUGGUGUCACACACUUGACCCUCUCACCCCCUGGGAGUUCUGUGCAAUUAAGCCCUGUGCACACAGCAUUGUCAACAAUACUGAUAUUACAACAGAAUGCAUUAAGGGACAAGCAGAAGGAUAUCGUGGAACUGUCACAACAACAUACAAUGGAAUCCAGUGUCAGAGGUGGGAUUCCCAGUUUCCACAUCAACAUAAUUUCACUCCAGAAAACUACAAGUGCAAGGACUUAAGAGAAAAUUUCUGUAGAAAUCCUGAUGGGUCUGAGUCUCCAUGGUGUUUCACUACUGAUCCAAAUACCCGAAUUGGGCACUGCUCUCAGAUACCAAAAUGUGAUGUUUCCACUCAUCAAGAGUGUUACUAUGGCAAUGGCAUCACCUAUAGGGGCACAAUAUCUAGAACACGAUACAGGCUGCAGUGUACAAUGUGGGAGAAGAACAUGGGUGAUGUACGAAGGCAUACAUUCAAGGAGCCAGACAUAUCCAUGCUUGAAAAAAAUUACUGUCGUAAUCCAGACAAUGAUGCCCAUGGACCAUGGUGCUAUACAGACAAUCCCUUAAUGCCCUGGGAUUAUUGUCAGAUCUCUAGAUGUGAAGGCGAUACCACCCCAACAAUGACAAAUGUUGACAAUCCAGGUUCAUGUGCAUCAACUAAACAGCUAAGGGUAGUAAAUGGAAGUCCAGCGCAGGGCAACGAUGGAUGGAUGGUCAGUCUGCGAUACAGGAACAAACAUAAAUGUGGAGGAUCUCUUGUAAAUGAGAAGUGGGUUUUAACAGCAAGUCAGUGUUUUCUCUCUGGAAAUGUUGACCUCAACGACUAUGAAGCAUGGCUGGGAGUCCACAACAUCUACAGGAGAACACAGGAUCAUAGACAAAUUUUCAGUAUUUCACAGCUGGUUCAUGGACCAAAGGGAUCAAACCUUGUUCUUUUAAAACUUUCCAGAUCUGCAGUGCUUAAUAAGUAUGUAGCACAGAUCAAACUGCCAAAUUAUGGAUGCACAAUUCCAGAAAAAACAGAAUGCGCUGUAUAUGGAUGGGGACAUACAGGAACAAACGACUAUAAUGGCGAUCUUCAGCAUGGUAAAAUGAUUAUUGUUGGAAAUGAGAAAUGCAAUGAGUAUCACAAGGGAAGGAUUACUGUCAAUGAAUCUGAAAUUUGUGCCAUGAACGAGACUGCCAAUGUUGCACCCUGUGAGCGGGAUUAUGGUGGUCCUCUUGUUUGUGUGGAAAACAGAACAGACCUAGUACAAGGAGUGAUUAUACCUGGACGUGGUUGUGCUUCACAAAACAGGCCGAUCGUUUUUGUCAGAGUGGCAUAUUAUGCAAAAUGGAUACACAAGAUUAUAUUAACCUACAAAACUCCAUAAUUAUAGCAGAAUCAGAACUAUUUCAGUAAUUUUUUGCCUAUACUUGAUAGGGUUUGCAAAUGUAUUUAGUUUUUUUGUUUGUUUUUUUAAUUAAUUUAUUGUCACAAUCUCUUGUUGUUGAGUUGAUGUUGGAUGAACUGUGAUAUGUAGAAAAUGUGGUGAUGUAAUUCCUGAGUAUACUUGAACAACCUUUUUUAUGGACAAUA